AUGCGAAGAGAUAAAUGUGAUUCAAAAUCACUAGACUCCACUCCAGAAGAUAUGAUGUCCAGUAAAGAAAGCCUUACUCCAGUUAUUGAAAUGGAUAAAGAAAUGUUAUUUAUGGAAAAUAUUACCCAAUACGAUGAAUCAUUAGCAGUACCGGUAAGAGAUACCGGAAUAACGUCAGAGUGUAACGAGAAACAAGAAAUGACAAUUAAUACUUCCUUAUAA